CACAGUGAUAUCAAGCAACCCAUGGUCCAAGGACUGAUUUUGUAACCCCAUCAUAUUUCUGGUUAACCUCCUUCCUUAUUCUCUCUUUCAUUCACCCAAACGCCGUCGUUCGGAACCAUAACAAUGGCGUUCUUCAGGACCGCAAUCACGAAAACAAACCUAGAUACCAAACUUUCUUACGCAUUCGCAUUCAAACGGUGCAUUCACGGCGUCACUCAACCGCCGCCGCUUGAUAUUCCGAUCAGUCCAUUUGCGGCUUCGCCGCCAUUAACUUUGCCGGAAACCGAGAGAAGCGUAGACCCGUUUCACAACGGGUUCGGGUCUGGUAUCCAUAUUGGGAGCGGGUCUAUGGAGCUCAUGGCUGUCCCUAAAAAGAAGACUUCUCCUCACAAGCGCGGGAUCAGAAAUGGACCAAAGGCUCUAAAACCUAUUCCCGUCAUAAUACGUUGCAAGGUUUGUGGUCGGGUGAAACUACCUCAUUUUUUCUGCUGCAGUGGACUUAGGGACACAGACGCACCCAAUGGUUCAACCAGUUGACCACAGGUAAGUAGAAUUGGGUUCUCCAAACCAUCAUGGACAGAGAACUAGACAUGACCUAAUGCGUCCACAUUCUGAUUACAUAUUCAGUCUACUAAAUCGAACGGCUCUUUGUAUCUCAGUAGGAUCAUGAAAGAUCGUGAUUUGUCACCUUCUCAUGGUUCAUUGCAUUUUUUGGAUGGUAAGUAUGCUGGACCAAUAAUGUACGUGUGUCAUUCAAGUAUUCAACGAUCAUCAUGUUUAAUUCAUUGACAAUCUGAAUAACUUUUGUUCUAAACUUUAAAGUUUCUUCUGAUUUUGGUUCUUGUG